AUGUACCGCCAGUCCUUCGCUCCGCCGCCAGCACAGUCACCUCCGCUUCAUCAUCCAGUUCCUCAGCAUGUUUCCACCGUCCCUAUGAUGCGCUCUCCUCCCCCUCCGACAUCCCAGCAGUCUCAGACGUCUGGCUAUGGUAACAACCCAUAUCAGCCCGCUCCGGCGCAAGGCGGUAGUGGGACCUACGCCCCUGGAUUUGGAGGUUUCAUCAACGAUCCCACGGCGCAAAUGGGAUUUCAGGUCGGGAAGACCGCUAUGAUGGCCGGGCAAGAAUAUAUGGAACAGAAUCUAAACCGCUACGUUUCCAUUCCCGCCUUGAAACACUAUUUCAAUGUGUCCAACUCCUAUGUAUUGAAUAAACUCGCCCUGGUGCUCUUUCCUUGGAGACACAAACCAUGGUCUCGCCAGCAGAGCCGUGUCACGGCGGCAUCCACAGGCCCCAAUGGUCAGAUCUCCCAUCAGCAAUACUCGACCAUGUUCCUGCCCCCUCGCGAUGACCUGAACUCCCCCGAUAUGUAUAUUCCGGUCAUGGCUCUCGUCACAUAUAUCCUCCUAUCGGCAAUGCUGGCAGGGUUCAGAGGCAACUUCCACCCCGAGCUUCUUGGUUCGAUCACGACAACAGCUAUUGCAGUCAUCGUAUUCGAGAUACUUUGUCUAAAGCUGGCUACCUAUAUUCUCAGCAUCAACAAUGAGUCGCAGCUACUAGAUCUCGUGGCUUACUCAGGCUAUAAAUUUGUGGGCAUCAUCAUUACCUUAGUGACAUCCGAGGUUCUAACUCCGGGAAGAGGAACCGGUGGUUGGGUCGGCUGGGUUGUGUUCAUUUACACGUUCCUAGCUAAUGCGUUCUUCUUGCUUCGUUCUUUGAAAUAUGUCCUCCUUCCGGACUCAGCCACUGAUGCACGCACGGGAUCGAUGCACACCGUCGCCCGGUCACAACGCAAUCGUCGCACCCAAUUUCUGUUCAUCUAUUCUUAUGUUAUCCAGUUCAUCUUCAUGUGGGUGCUGAGCCGAGAGGGCCCAACUGCUUCGAACGUAGCUGGUUCAGCGUCGUAA